UUUAAAGUAGAGGCCUUUAGUCCAAAGCCGUACGGUUAUAAGUGACAACCGGGAAUUAUCGAAGUGGUGUCAUGGCUGCCUAAAUAAUAAUUUUCUCAUUCCUGCCGCUACGCUACGUUUUGUUUAAAAGUGCUAUCGGCUGUUAUGAUGAUCCCGGAUCAAGGAGCUGAUUCAAGGCAAACUCCUAACCUGUUAAUGCAGUUUUUUAAGAGGCUGGGACAAGCAUAUCAAACUCUUCUGGACAAGUCAACUCCUCAUCCCAUAUCAAGAUGGAUCUUUACCUUUGUACUGAUAACAGUAUUUUUGGCAAGAGUUUUCUUCAGCAAGGGCUGGUAUAUAGUCACAUACGCUCUAGGCAUUUACCAUUUAAACCUUUUCAUUGCAUUUCUCUCUCCAAAAAUUGAUCCUGCAAUGUCAGAUUUUGAAGAAUCUGAAGAUGGUCCAGAAUUGCCAACAAAAGCAAACGAAGAAUUUCGUCCAUUUAUCAGGAGACUACCCGAAUUUAAAUUUUGGUAUUCUGUCUCCAAAUCUACAGUAAUUGCAGUGUUUUGUACGUUUUUUGAAGUUUUCAAUGUCCCCGUUUUUUGGCCUAUCCUUGUGAUGUACUUCAUCACACUCUUCUGCCUCACCAUGAAGCGUCAGAUUAAGCAUAUGAUCAAGUAUCGCUACAUACCAUUCACCCAUGGGAAGCCCAAGUAUCAGGUAGAUAAUAGCAAAGGGUUUUCGGGAGCCAUCCCUAAAAAGUAGGAAAAACCAAAUUUUCAACUAAAUUGAUUACUGAAAUGUUCUUCAAAAUUCUGUAUGAGAAUAGAGUUCCCAUUGUUGUGGGGGAUAUCCAGACCAUAUGAUACAUCUAUCACAUUCUUGUA